UGGCUUCCUGGGACAUACGCUGGCUAUGCCCUCUCCAGAUGGGGAGCAGCCUCCUGGAGCUCCCUUUGUUCCUUCCCCGCUGCCAGGGCCUCUCCCCAGAGGGUGGUGCUGACCCAGAUGGCGGGCUGGACCUUGAAGAGUUUACCCAAUACCUGCAGGAGCGGGAACAGCGCCUGCUGCUGCUUUUUCACAGUCUGGAUCGGAAUCAGGAUGGUCAGAUCGAUGUCUCUGAGAUCCAGCAGAGUUUCCAAGCUCUGGGCAUUUCUAUCUCUCUGGAGCAGGCACAGAAAAUUCUUCACAGCAUGGACCGUGACGGCACUAUGACUAUCGACUGGCAGGAAUGGCGUGACCACUUCCUGUUGCAUUCAUUGGAGAAUAUGGAAGACGUGCUCUACUUCUGGAAGCAUUCCACGGUCCUGGACAUUGGCGAGUGCCUGACUAUCCCUGAUGAGUUUUCAGAGCAGGAGAAGCUGACCGGCAUGUGGUGGAAGCAGCUGGUGGCCGGUGCAGUGGCGGGCGCCGUGUCACGGACAGGCACAGCCCCUCUGGACCGCCUCAAGGUCUUCAUGCAGGUCCAUUCCUCCAAGACCAACCAGCUGAACAUCCUUGGGGGCCUACGGAACAUGAUCCAAGAGGGCGGCGUGCGCUCUCUAUGGCGUGGCAACGGGAUCAAUGUGCUCAAGAUUGCACCUGAGUCAGCUAUCAAGUUCAUGGCCUAUGAGCAGUUCAAGCGGGCCAUUCGGGGACAGCAGGAGACACUGCAUGUGCAGGAGCGCUUUGUGGCUGGAUCCUUGGCUGGUGCUACAGCCCAAACCAUCAUUUACCCCAUGGAGGUACUAAAGACACGGUUGACCCUUCGCCGGACGGGCCAGUACAAGGGGCUGUUGGACUGUGCAUGGCGGAUCAUGGAGCGAGAAGGGCCCCGUGCCUUCUACCAUGGCUACCUGCCCAACGUGCUGGGCAUCAUUCCCUACGCGGGCAUCGACCUGGCCGUCUACGAGACCCUGAAGAACCAGUGGCUCCAGCAAUAUAGCCAUGACUCGGCUGACCCUGGCAUCCUCGUGCUCCUGGCCUGUGGCACUAUCUCCAGCACUUGUGGCCAGAUAGCCAGUUACCCCCUGGCCCUGGUCCGGACCCGUAUGCAGGCCCAAGCCUCCAUCGAGGGCGCCCCCCAGCUCUCCAUGCUGGGUCUGUUCCGUCACAUCCUGUCCCAGGAGGGCAUACCAGGCCUCUACAGGGGCAUCGCCCCCAACUUCAUGAAGGUUAUCCCAGCUGUGAGCAUCUCCUAUGUGGUCUACGAGAACAUGAAGCAGGCUCUGGGGGUCACGUCCAGGUGAGGGACCCAGAGCCACCCUCACUAAGAUUCCUCGCCUCAAUCAUGACGACCCCUACACCUCAACCACUGGAGACUGAUGGCCCAGCCAAUGGAUCCCACUCAAACCACAGGAUCCCUGUACUUCAUCCACUGGGUCCUGCAUCCCACAUCCUACCUACUGGGUUUCAUAUUUCCCUGUCU